CAUAUUGUUGCCUGGUUUCUGGAAAGGAUGCUUUGUGCCGAAACGGAAGCUACUGAAAUCUAGACGCCAGACUUCUAACACCGGCUUUUCCUAGAGCAAAAGCGGCCCAUGGCAGAAGGAAGAGAUGAGGACAUGAGACCAUCAACUAGACAGCAAGGAGGCGCGUCGACUUCGCAGCCUACCUUCGAGCCCGGCCAGAAAGCUACCUGUCUAGCAAGUUUUGAUGGCCAGCAACAUAUGGUUGAGAUUAUUGACAGAAGAGUAGAACGGGGAGAGCUAAUCUACUAUGUACAUUACACUGACCGGGAUCGUCGUUUGGAUGAAUGGGUGACGGCCGAUAGGCUUGCCGUGUGGGCUUUGACGCCUCGGCCAAGCCUAGCGCGCAUUGACACGUUACCCACCGUUAGCCUUGGAGGGGAACUGUUGUCGCCAACUGGCGAUGUUAAUAAUUUGAAAGUCACGAGACGCCUUAAACGGAAGUACGAGGAAGCGCAUCAUCUGCCAGUCGAUGAACACGGUGGCGACCAUGGCCACGACAAGGAGCAUCACCCUCCACGGGUUAAAAACAUACAGGUCGUGGAAUUUGGGCGGUACGAGAUGGAUACAUGGUAUUACUCUCCAUAUCCAGAGCCGUAUGCGUCGGCGAAUAAGCUGUACCUGUGCGAGUACACGCUUAAAUACUUCCGGAAAAAGAAGACCCUGCUACGCCACUUGGCGAAGCUGGACAUUCGGCAUCCUCCAGGCGACGAGAUCUACCGGUCACCGCCGCCGCCGCCUGGGCAGCCCAACUACAUCGGGGGAGCAGUCACGAAGCCACCGAUUAGCGUCUUCGAAGUGGAUGGCAAGAAAGCCAAGGUGUACUGCCAGAACUUGUGCCUGCUGUCCAAGCUGUUUCUUGACCACAAGACCCUCUACUACGACGUUGACCCGUUUCUCUUCUACGUCAUGUGCGAGCGCGACCAGCACGGUUACCACAUGGUGGGGUACUUCAGCAAGGAGAAGAGCUGCAUGGAGGACUACAACCUGGCCUGCAUCCUGACGCUUCCCGCGUACCAACGCAAGGGCUAUGGGAAAUUCCUCAUCGCCUUCGCGUACGAGCUGUCACGGCGAGAAGGUCGGGUUGGCACGCCCGAGCGGCCACUGUCGGAUUUGGGCACGGUGAGCUUCCGUAGCUACUGGACGCGCGUGCUGCUGGAGCAACUACGCAACGUCAAGGGUGACGUGUCCAUCAAGGAGAUGUCAGACGCGACCAUGAUCCGCGCGCAGGACAUUGUGGAAACACUCCAGAGCCUGGGCCUGAUCAAGUACUGGAAGGGGACGCACCUGAUCCACGCAGACCCACGGGUCGUGCAAGAGCACUGGGCGAAGUACGCGCACCAACGGGUCAUCGAGGUGGACCCGGCCUGCUUGCAUUGGCAACCGCUGCCUACGCCAACCGCACGGAAGCGGCCGUGAAACGGCUUAUCAGUUGUAUCUACGGAGGACAAACACAGAUGGCACAGCUUUGUUGAGGGUAGUUUGCGGCGCGUUGUUUCAAGACCGAGAGUUGCGCCGUUGACUGGCACCUUAGCAUGUUUAAGGUUAGGGCUUGUGACGGGGUGGAUAAUGAGCACACGUCAGAGUGGGGGCGCUGUACUGUGAGCUUGUGCUGCAAGGCGCCUGGUGAUAUGCUUAGUCCUGACUGACUUUACCUGUCAAGCGUGACAAUUGACAAUUACAGCAAACGAAUGAUGUGAACGCAUGUAUCCUGCGAGGACUUCACCCGCCACAGGAAACGUUGGCAUCGCCUCAACUUUUCUGUCGUUGCGUCAAACGGCUACCCCCCACACACACACGUGCUCGGGAAUGUGAUGAAUGCUUUGGGCUGACUGGUUGAUGCAUUAAUGAUGACUCCGUAUGUAUGACUUCGUAACCCAUUCCCACGCCUGAAAUGGCGGUGCUAUACAGAAGAUUAGCGUGGUGCCUUGACGCGUUUUUUGCCAAGUAGUGUAAAUGUGGCACAAAGGUGGAUGAAGUGGAAUAAGAUGUUCUCGGGUAGGUGAUCCACGGGCUUUCGAAUCUGAU